AUGACACCUGGACAGCUAGCCCUUGCCAGCGGCAACCACACUGCAGUGACUCAAUUCAUCCUGCUGGGCUUCUCCAAUUAUCCAGACCUCCAGGAGCUCCUCUUUGGAGCCUUUCUGCUUGUGUACUCCAUGACCGUGCUGGGCAACCUGGGCAUGAUGGCGCUCAUCUUCACGGACGCCCGUCUCCACAGCCCCAUGUACUUCUUUCUCAGUGUCCUCUCUUUUCUUGAUAUUUGCUAUUCUUCCGUGGUCACACCCAAGCUCUUGGUCAGCUUGCUGGCCUCUGACAAAUCCAUCUCUUUUGCGGGCUGUGUAGUGCAGCUGACCUUCUUUGUGGUGCACGUGACAGCCGAGAGCUUCCUGCUGGCCUCCAUGGCCUUGGACCGGUUCAUGGCCAUCUGCCGGCCCCUGCAUUACGGCUCGGUCAUGACCAAGAGAACCUGUCUCCAGCUGGUGGCUGCUUCCUAUGCAUUUGGUGGUGCCAACUCCGCUAUUCAGACUGGGAAUGUCUUUACCCUGCCUUUCUGUGGUCCCAACCAGGUAACACACUAUUUCUGUGACAUCCCACCCCUUCUCCGCCUGGCUUGUGCCAACACAGCCACGGCAGAAAUGGUCCUCUAUAUCUUCUCAGCUCUGGUUACCCUCCUGCCUGCCGCCAUCAUCCUCACCUCCUACUCCUUUGUCUUGGUGGCCAUUGGCAGGAUGAGUUCAGCAGCUAGAAGAGAGAAGGCCCUCUCCACAUGUGCUUCUCACUUCCUGGCCAUUGCCAUUUUUUAUGGCACUGUGGUUUUCACCUAUGUGCAACCCCACGGCUCCACAAGCGAUACCAACGGCCAAGUGGUGUCCGUCUUCUACACCAUUGUAAUCCCCAUGCUCAACCCAUUCAUCUACAGCCUCCGCAACAAGGAGGUGAAGGACGCCCUGCAGAGGAAGCUCCAGGCCCACAUCCUCCCCUGCUGA